GAGUGAAAAAAACGUCACUUGUCACCGUCACGCUAGAUCUGUGAUUUCGGCUUCCGAGGGUUUCGCUUGCUAAGAAUGGCUUUUCCGUGCCAAAAUUGAAGUCUCACCCAAUCUACUUAACCCCGGUUUGUUCGUCAAAUAGCCGCAAUCAUGCUUCAAUUGAAUGUCUAUUUUUCGAAGCUUCUGAAUGUUCCUUUGACUCAGGAGAUAUUAGAUAUCGAUGGAUGAACCGUUUUGGAGGAUAUUGCUUUUAUUCCUUCAGAUGCACUUUAAGCUCUCUAAUGUCAGUCGGCAGCAGCUUCUUGCAAAUCAGCACAGUAAAUGUGUUCAUCUGCUUACUUCUCAAUUUACCGAUGGGUAUCCUCUAUCGGACAGCGCUGAGCCCAUUACGCGUGUCAGCGGUUACGCGUCAAUGCGUCGGCCUCACGUGGGGUUUAGCUGUGACGUGGAUGUGUAUCGGAAGCGACCUGCUUAUCUUGUUGGGUGUCUGUGCGCUGUGCUAUGCGCUGAUGUGGGUAGUGGACUCAAAAAUCGUGCACAAGGUGGUGUUUGCCGUUGCCCUGGGGAUCUUGUCUGCGUCCCAAAUCUACAGGAUGUAUCAUCAAUAUGGCGACAACCCCUUCGACUACACAGGGAGGUUGAUGAUCAUGUUUCAGAAGCUCACUUACGUCGCAUUUAGUCUACACGACGGAUGUGGUAGGGAAGACAAGAACCUCACACAGAGUCAGAAAAAGGAAAAGAUAACAGACAUCCCCUCUUUCCUGGAGUACCUCGCCUACAUGUUCCACUACAACAUGGUCCUAGUAGGGCCGACGUGUACACUCAGGGAAUACAGAGACUUUAUCACCGGGCAGAGCCUGAGACAGCCUAUUACUGGGUGUGAGACAGCUGCAGGCAAAAGAUUUCUCGUUGCCAUGGCAAUAGUGCUAGGGUUUAUCGUAGGUUCUCCCUCGUUUCCUGUCAAACGUAAUGUAGAUGCAGAAUUCAUCGCCAGUUCAUCCCUGCUUUACCGUAUAUUCUACGCCUGGCUCAGCUGCUUUAUAUUGAGGCUUAAAUAUUACUUUGUAUUUACCAUUGGAGAGGUAGGUGUCAUCAUUUCUGGACAGGGAUUUAACGGAUAUGACGUCAGAGGACGGCCUCGACAUGAUGCCAUACGCUAUGUGAAUAUAUUAAAAGUAGAGUGCGGUACAUCAUUGAAGGACGCGACAGAAAACUGGAACAUUACAACAGGCAGAUGGCUUAGAAGUGUUGUGUACGACAGAGUUCCUCUCCAUAAGCAAGCCCUGACAUUCAUGACGUCACUCAUAUGGCACGGAUUCUACCCAGGGUACUUCGCGGCCGCUGCCUUUGCGUAUCUAUAUCUGGUCACCGGCAAAGCGGUUCGCCGGCACUUUGGUCACGUGUACGAAGGUCUUAAUGUCCCGGCGUAUGUCACACUUCUUGCGUUAAACAUCGCUGUUUGCUGUCUGAUGAAUACACACUACUGUGCCCCAUUCGUGCUUCUGCGAUUUGACUUCUGCUGUCGUUAUUACAGAUCUGUGCUGUUUUUCGGCGAGAUCAUGUGCCUAUCGACACUUUUACUUGUGAGCAUAACUGGGAAGAAGACAAAAAGAGAUGAAUGGACUGAUGGGAAACUCAAUCAUAAGUUUGAAAAACACGAUAAUAAUGGCUUUAACAACAAUAUGCGGCUAAAACACCGUGCUUCCAGGCAUAAAGAGAAUUCUUGAGGGUCUGUAGGCCAGGGGAAAAGGGGGGGACACCCCCCAAAAAACGUCUCAGAUUCUAUUUUGGCCACGCAAAUUUUGCUAUCCCAUGGGAGUAUAUGUGCCUUAGAGGGAGUCUCUAUCAGGGUCUGGAUGGGGGGGGGGGGGGGGGGUCUGCAUGUCGGUAGUCAGUACAAAAUCCCAUAAUUUAUCGGUAGUCGGUAAGAAUUAUCGGUCUUUGUUUGUAGUCGGUAUUCUGUAGCUAGUAUUCGCUUUUGUACCAGAUUAGCGCCUCUCUCGUGACUAAAAAAUUAUUAAUUGGCGGCUAUAAACCAAAUUGCUAGUAGCAGCUAUGAAGGAGAUUGUGGGCUUGAUGGCUAGCAAAGAAUUAAUCUAACGUAAAUUAAAAAAUAUAAGAGGUAGGGGUGGUUUUAAUUGUAAAGAAUUGCGUGAUAAAAAUUCAUUUUUUUUAAAUGCUUUUAAAUUCAACCAUCCUUAAAUGAAAAACAACAACUUAAUUGUAUUACCAGAGUAUAAAAUAAUAAUGAAUGGAUAAUUACAUUUGCCAAAAUACAAUAUAGAGAGCCAGUGAUCUGUGAGGCCACCACUCGGUAGGGGGUCACGAGUCAUUAAAAUCAAGCAAGUUGCAUUGUGUUCAUUAAAGUAAAACAGUAUGAAGAACAGAAGAUGUAUGGUUUGGUAUCUUUUAAAAGGUGUGGAUAUUUAACUACAGCUGUUUACCUGCUAAGGUGGCAUUAAUGAAUUUAAAUAAUAAGAAUUAUUAAAUAAAAAUACUGUUUGUAAAA